UGACAGUGGACUAGAUGAUUUGGCGUGCUACAUGCCAAUAUUAAGCGUGGUAUUUUAUUUGUUAUUUUUUUAUGACCUCAAAUAGUUGGCAGAGCUUUUGAAGCCCUGGCCGUUUAAUGUCAAGCGCGAAGCGUCUGGAGAGCCGGUGGCACAGCAGCAACUUUACCCCCGCUGGAAUCUCCAUUAUGAAGCUCCCCCCGAAUCGGAAAUAAUGAUUGGAAUAACAACUCUGACAACAAUGACGCCAAGUUGCCUUGAGUGUCGUUGAAACUGUCAAAGGUGGCGUGCUGAGUUAAGCGUGUGACCCAGCACACAUUAGUGGGAACGAACCCCGUGUACGGCCGCGCGCGGAGACAUCAUAUCCGUAUUAAAAGCGAAAAUAAUCCCGAGGUAAGGAGCCGAGGAGUGGUCGAAGAGCGAGCGACCGUGCGUUUCUCCUGAUUUUCCUCCGCUUCGGGUCGCUUCUCUCCCAAAGUGGCCGGCAGACGUCGAAAUUACUGCCCAUAUUAUAAUUUGGUGGCUCCCUUAAGAUCCAGCCAGCGCAAGGAUUUUUUUUUCCUGCUUCUCCUCCUUCGUUAUAAAGUCGCCAUUUUGCUUCAGUGCCUGUAUAAACCAUCCGGUAUUCCAAUAUUUUUCCUCAAGGACUCGAGGAUUUACGCAUCUUUUCUGACUAUUUUUGGAGUGUUUAACGGCAAGCUUGGAUCGAUGCCUUGUGGAAAAUACAUAUUAAUGCCUCAAAGGAAGGGGGCACGAUCAGGCUAAAUCUCCUGGAUUGUUGUGGUAUUUUUUUUAACCUACACGCAAUUUGUCAUUUUUACUUCGUUUCACCCCCGUUUCAAGUGGGGGCAGGACGACGGCAAUCACCCGUCAGCAGCGUUUCGACCAGCCCUUGACACACAGCAGGUGGGAUUGCGAUGUAACAAAACAUUGGCGGAUAAACGCCCAAUACGGUGCCUGUCUCCGGACCCCCUCCUCGCCCACCGGGCUAGCUGACCUGGGGCCAGCCGGCUGUGAGCUGUGGUUCAGCGGCCAACGCCUCAGGCAUGGAAAACCCCAGUGGUACUAGGCUUGGGAAGCUUUCGACAUCGGUGCUGCCAAGGGGACGGACCUCCAAGCAUGGACAUCCCCAGGAGCCUGUUAGAAGUGUGCCAUGCCUUGAAAACAACAUCAAACACACGUCUGUGUGUGAUGAGACCGCAGAGGGGAAGAGGAAAGGUCGUCCUAAAGCAGAUGAGCAGGAACUGAGAAACAUCCCUGCCCACUUGAUAGUACAGUGGAAGGAAGAGUUUAAGCGCCGUUCCAGAGUUAAAUGUCCCUGUUCAGGCUGUUGGUUAGAGUUUCCCAGCAUCUAUGGCGUAAAGUACCACUAUCAACGCUGCCAGGGGACCAUAGUCGCUGAGAAGCAGAGCCACUGCUGUCUAUAUUGUGACACAGUGUUUGCAACAAAGGUGCGACUACAGAAGCACAUGCUUUGGAACCACCCAGACAGGGUUAGCUUGGAGUCAAAGGAUGAGCAUCUUAAUAAGGUUCAGAAAACCCCUGUCAAGUCCAAUACCGUUAAAAGGCCCCUGGAUAACAACCCUCCAUCCCCAGUGUUCUUCAAAGUCAAAAAGACGCUGGAGGCAUCUACCCCCUCUCACAAUGGAGAGCUGACCCACCAGAGGAGCGAGAGGAAACAGCACAGCCAGCCGUCACUGCAGAGUCACCAGUCGCAGUCAGCCCAGCCUCAGUUUGAGCAAUCGCGUUCCCAAAGCACAUCCUCUGACGCAGGGGGUAGUGAAAGCGAAUGUGGCAGCCUACCGCCAUCGUAUCCUGAUGAAGACCCAGAACGAAUGAAACACAGGCGGAAGCAGAAAACACCGAAGAAGUUCACUGGAGAGCAGCCUUCAAUCUCUGGAACGUUUGGAUUGAAAGGUAUGACUAAAGUGGAGGAGAAGCUGAAGGCAAGCCGCAUCAAGAGACCAGACAGGAGUGCAUUUAGCGAGGAGCCUCACAGAAGAACGGCUUCAAAUCAGUCCUUCACUAAACACGCAGCCAGCACCAGUUCAGGUACAGUUCCUGACAUUCAGUGGCAGAAAGCCAUUUCAGAGCGAGGGGAAGUGGUGUGCCCCACUUGCUCCAUCGUCACCCGAAAAACAAUCCACGGCCUGAAGAAACACAUGGAGAUUUGCCAGAAGCUUCAAGAGGCCCUGAGGUGCCAACAGUGCCACAAACAGUUCAAAUCCAAGGCAGGACUCAACUACCACACCAUGGCAGAACACAACUCCAAGUCAUCGAGGAGUGAAGGCCAGAUGGACGACGAGCAUGAGGAGAGAGAACGACUUUGUCGAAUACUUAAACAGAUGGGUAGAAUCAAAUGUCCUAGUGAGGGCUGUUCAGCUCACUUCUCCAGUCUAAUGGGCUACCAGUACCACCAGAAGCGUUGUGGACGUGAGUUCUCUGAUGCUGAGAAAGCCAGGUUUUUGUGCCAGCACUGUGAAAAAACAUAUCGCUCCAAGGCUGGCAGAGACUACCACGUACGUACUGAGCACCCCCCAACCAUCAAGUCGACUACGACAACCACCACCACCAACAACAAAGACAAUAGGACCGACACCACCACCAACAACAACAGUGGCAAAGAGAGGGUCACCUUUGAGAAGUUUUCAGCCAUGAAAAGAGAGCAAAGCCAGCCGGAAUGGCAUGUAAAAACACAGUUGCAUCGGGAGAAGGACAAGGUUAAAGACGAAGGCAGUCAAGUGAAGAACAGAGUCAAGGAAAAGGCAGCACAAAAUCAAAGCCUUCCCGAGGAUUUUGAACGGACACCUAGUGGCAGAGUGAGGCGGCGCUCAGCUCAAGUGGCAGUGUUUCACCUGCAGGAGAUUGCAGAAGACGAGCUCGCCAAAGACUGGGGUACCAAGCGUCGUAUCAAGGAUGACCUGGUGCCUGACAGCAAAAGGCUAAACUACACCCGCCCAGGCCUUCCCAACUUCAGCAGGGAGCUUCUAGAGACCUGGAAGACUCAAGUCAAGGAAAAUGGCUUCAUCUGCUGCAUCAAUGAAAACUGCGAGGCUGUCUAUUCCAGUGUAUCUGGACUAAAAGCCCAUCUUGCAAACUGUAGCCAGGGAGGUGGAGAACUGGCAAAAUACACGUGUCUGAUCUGUCAGAAGGAGUUUAAUUCAGAGAGUGGAGUCAAGUAUCACAUAAGCAAGACACACUCACAGAAUUGGUUCCGUGCAUCAGACGGUGAAGGGAUUUCUAGCAGCAAGAAUAAAGCACUGGAUUAUGACGGCAUUAGAGAAGAGGUGAGGAACGGUGCCACCGCUGGCAAAAAGAGAGGUCGCAAGCCCAAAGAGCGACUCCCUGCUCCUCUCCAAGCACAGACUGAAGAAGCCAACGUCAAUCAGUACUCAGCGAUUGACUCCACCCCGUCCUCUGACUCAACGCAGUCACCCGCGCAUAGCCCUGACUUUACGGACAUUACCGAUCCAGAUCCGAGCCAACAGCUCAACGGUUCCACCGCGCGACAAAGCAAACCUAAAAAGUUUUCGCUGUCUGAGUAGCUGUUUUUUAUUUUGCUAACAAAACAACUGCUCCAGCAGAUGUGAUUGAACUUUGUGAGAACCGAGCGCUGAGGAAACAAAAAUUGUGGCUGCAGGUUCUGGAAAGUACAAACGUAAACAGUAUGUUUUUUUUCCCCCCCCAUUCCAGUUAUCUCCUUUUAAGGCACCCACUUUAGUUCCCGCACUCAGCGGGAUUUUCCCAAAAUGAAAUCAAAGACUUCAGCAAUGUUGCCUUUCACAGCAACACAUUUUUCUCCUAGCAUGGUAACGUCAUGUGCAUUUGCAUUUCUUUCACAGUUCUACUCUGUACAUAAACACUUAGUAUAUAGCUAUAUACUCCAAGCAAUGAUGCCGUCACAUUUAUACAUCUAACAAAACCAUCAUUGAUCAUGUGUGUUAGGAAUGUUUUGUGUUACAUGUUUAUCAGACUUUUUUUUUUAACCAAUGAAGCAAAUCACUUUUAAGCUAUUUUGCCCUAAACUAUUUUGUUGAAUUUUGUCUGUGUACCACUUGAAGGGUAUAUCUGCUUUGAAACUCAUAAUUAAUUCAUUAUUAGUAAGCAGAAAUUCUAAUAGGGAUUGUUUUUUUCUAUAUAGUGUCAAUUUAAUCAAUUUCAACAGAAAAUGAAAAAGCUUGAAAUACUGUCACUAAUGUCAGACUGGCAAAGCUGAAGAAAAUUCUUAUGAAGAUGGUUGCACUGUUGCAGCACAAUCAAGUAAGGUAAAAAUUGUUUUUGUUUUUUUAAAGAAGCCGUAUUUUGGCUUUUACUUUAUCCUAAAGAGAUCAGACUCGAAUGAAAAUGCUAUCUUUUGUAGAGGUUUAGGAGAGUGAGCUUUUAUCAUUGCAAAUCAUGAUUCACAUAUAAUAAUAUAUAUGAACUUACACCUGGAUGUUCAAAGAUAUUGCAUUGCACUUUAACCCUUGUCGUUCCCCUCUUGUGAUUUUGCACUCUGAGAAAGUACUUAUGUAACCUAGUCGCUGUCACACAGGAACAAAGAUAUUUUAUUCUCGGGACAGACUUUUAGAUUCUAUUUACGGAUAAUGGGCACCUCUGUGAUCACGUCGAGCAUGACUAUAAAGUUUUAACCCACCGCACAAAGCCAUAAUUGCCACCUCCUGUAAUGAUAGUUUUAGAUUGAGUUUUCAAAGAAAUAUGAAUCCCAUGUUAUCAAAUUACCACAUCUGAUGUGUGCAAAAAUCUGAAGUGUGCAAUCAGAGAAUAGCAGCGUAGAUAGUACUUGAAUCCACUGUUUUAUUAAUGAAGUGAGCAAAUGAGAAAUCCAGAAAAGUAGAUGACGCAUGUGUAGAAAUCUAGGUCGCGCUCUUGCCAACUUGUUUCUUAAACGAUUCGAGACAACUCAGCGGGUCCGCUAAAGGCCGUCAGCGCCGUCACUUCAAUCAGGCCGGUCACGUCUGAUUCAUAGCGUGAUUAGGAUAUAUAUUGACACACCUGACCUUUUUUUAUAGUGCGAAGCUCAGAUGUUUCUCCAUUUUUAAUCAAGGUGGAGAUGAUUAUGCAUGUCCGUUUCUCUCCUGAUGGGAUGGACUACCUUCUACUAUCCAGGUUUAUCCAGUGAAGAUUUAUUAGACAAGCACUGAUUCAUUUCCAUCAGAGUCGAGUCGAGAAUAUGUGCGUGUGUGUAACAUUUAGCAACUUUGUAAUGACCAGGAAAUGAAGAAUCUGUAAUGCUUUCUGUUGAGUGUUAUGAACUGGCACAGAAUCAAUUGCUUGUUACUUGUCAUUAUUAGCGUCCCAUUUUCCGGGCAAGCUUUGGUUUUCCGAUAUGAUAGUUUAGCGCCGCUUUUACCUGGGUAUUUUAUCACGCCCUUUACUAUCAGUCUUCCUAUGGUAUGGAAAACGCCUAUGUAUCACGCCGUGUGCGCUAACUGCAACAUGUUUAGAGAGUAAAGCAAUACACCAUAUUUAGCUGAGUUUGUGUGCUUGCUUAUAUUUUGAUAUUGACGUCUUCACACAAUUGUAUGGCUUUUUCUCAAUUACCAACUUAGUUUGUUUGCUCUGAAAGUGCUUUUUUUACCACAUAUAUCGUAUGCUUAUUUGUCUGCAUACACUGUUAUUUUGCCAUUUUUGAUUACUCUAAGAAAGUUUUUUUUUUUUUUUUUUUUAAAUACAUCAUGACAAAUACAUAGGGAUUGUCCUUUAUUCUUAUUCAAUAUGGGACAACGAGGCAUAUGUACAUGUGUUUGUUUCAGUAUUUUGUGCACUUACUAUACCAUGAAAUAGGCUUGAAAUACGAGUGUUGUUUGAGCUUUCUAGUGAUCUGGACUGUGUGUGGUGUGACUUUUCUUGCCGGACAACAGCAGACUCAAGUGUCUUCCCUUUGUUGUUUCCUAAAAAUGAGGCGACUUUCCGCAAAUCCGGUCAAGACCGUCUCAGAAAUAUACACCUUUAUUUGUACGCUACCUACUUUUAGAAUAGUAAAAGACAUCGGCUUAUGUCGCAGGUGUCAUUAUAUUGGUUGAGAGUUUUAAGAGAUGGUGUUGUAGCUCACAAUGGUGAAGUAGUAACAAUAUCUGAAAUAAAGCUGUGUUGUAUCUAACAGAAGAGGCUUUCUCCCUCCUGUGAGUCUGGACUGCUAACAGUUUUCUUCCAAAUGUAUUGUAUGAAUUGUUCAUUAUCCCUCAACUAAUUAAUAAAGAUUUGUUGAAGAAAAA